CGUUUCGUGGUUUCUAUUCGACAACAUUUUUUGUUGAAAAGCAUCUGGAACGAAUUUCGACUCGCUCAGUGCUACGCAAACCGUGCCAACGUGUGGAUUACUUACGCAGUGACAAUACAAUAUUAUAUAUAAAUAUAAAACCGAUAAGACUAAAUAUGUCAUACAGCAUACAUAUUUUGGGCCUGUGCCUGGUGUUAGCUUUGAUGCUGCAAUUUGUUUGUGCGGAUAUCGAGACGAACGAAGUGAAUGACAAUAGCACACCCGAAUAUAUGAUUCAGGGUGUGCGUGUUUACCCCAACGAUCGUCACUGUGUUUUGGUCGGAGGUCUCUGUGUGCACACCAGCGACUGCAAUCUGCCCACCACUAACAAGGGUCUCUGCCCCACCAGCGCCCACCUGGGCGUUGAAUGUUGCUAUGAGUUUAUUUACCCAAAUGCGUAUAGCAAUUCCUAACCAAAUUCCCAYUUACAAAUUAUUUCCAAAUAAUAAUAAUUAUUGAGUUUAAUUGGUAUUACUUUAUGUACUCAUCUAUUGUGAUUUUUUUGAUUUUUUUUUGUCUUUCCUUCAACAACAAUAAAAUACUAACAAUCGACGUCUAUGUCUGCUGUGUGCUACCUCCUCCCUCUACUGUCUCUCACCUGUAAUUGUCAUUGUUAUGCAUUGUAUGUGCCCCGCCCCGUUCCAUGUUCCCCCUACC